CCGCCCCUCCCCCCUCAAGGCGCGUGUUCCCUCCGGAGAAACAUUCUCUGCCUUCAAAGGAGCCGGGCGGCGGCGGCGGCCUCGCGCAUGCGCUUCUGAAGGGAGGGGGCCAGUCAGUGAGUGGGGCUCGGGACGUUGUACGCUUGUGCUCCGGGGCGCCCGCCCGCGGCGACUCGGCGCAUGCGCCUCCCCCCCCCCUUGCGAGUGCGCGGAGGGGAGGAGGCUGUGGUCGUUGUCCGCCUGCGCGCGCCGCUGCUCCCUCUGGCGGCGCCCCAGGGCCCGGGCACUCUCUCGGCGAAGGUUCCGGAGCCUGCACUCGCCUCCGCCUCCGCCUCGCGCCCGCGGCCCCCCCCUCCCCGCCCUCGCCUGGGCGCGCGCGCUCUCCUGUCGCUCCCCCUCCCCCCUCCUCCCGGCUUCGCUGCGCGUCUCCGGCGAGCUCCCCCUGCAGCAGCCGCAGCGGCAGAUAACUUUUGCAACAGGAUGGCUGAGCAACGUCAGGAUUUCAAUAUGAUGGAAGACCAUUCGAUGAGCCAAGCAAAGCAGAUCCCGUCAGGCUAUCCCCUGCAGAUACCAGUUGACGAUGGAUCAGAUGAGCCCAUUUCCGAGACCUCUGACGCUAAGAGCACCCCGACUAUGGAAGAUGCCACAGCACCCUUAGUGGAGGAGAGAGCACAUGAGGAUCGGAUUGCAGCUCGGCAGCAUGUGGAGAUACCCGAAGGAACCACAGCUGAGGAAGCAGGUGUGGGAGCUACUCCUAACCUGGAGGAUCAAGCUGCAGGAGAUGGUGCUCAAGAAGAGCUGAGCUCCCCAAGGCUAUGGGAGAGUGUGGAACCUGGAAUUCAGGAGCACGUGGCAAGUGAGAUUCAGCCAGAAAAACAAGCAGCUCGUAUUGACAGUAAAGACAAAGAUGGAACUGAUACUGAAGAGAAAAAGCCUAAGACAUCCACACCUUCCUCUGCCAAACCCCUGAAAGAUAGAUCCUCCAUUACCCCCCAACGACCCUCCUCUGUUAGUACAACCCCUUUGAAAAACCCCUCCAGUCCUGCUGAGUCCUCAGUACCAGCUUCCACUCCUAAACGAGUCUCUUCUAUCACAUCCCGACCUGCCAGUACAGGAACGAAAGAAACAAAGCCAAAGGGUCCGGAGAUGAAAAGCGGAAUGAAGAUGGCUGCUCCCAGGUCUGCAACACAGCCUCAGAAAAGCCCAGCCAACGCUACCCGGAUCCCGGCAAAAACGCCCACGGCCCCCAAGACGCCUCCCAAUGCUGCUGGCAGGAAGGAGCAGAGAAAGCCGCCUACCACAGCAGCAAAAUCUGACAAAGGUGAACCAGCGAAGUCUGGAGACAGAAGUGGUUACAGCAGCCCUGGCUCACCCGGCACCCCCGGCAGCCGUUCCCGCACGCCCUCCCUGCCAACUCCCCCGAACAGGGAGCCCAAGAAGGUGGCAGUGGUUCGCACGCCACCGAAAUCCCCUGCUUCUGCCAAGAGCCGCCUGCAGACGUCUACCGCCCCCAUGCCUGAUCUGAAAAAUGUCAGGUCCAAGAUUGGUUCCACUGAAAACCUGAAGCACCAGCCAGGAGGUGGAAAGGUGCAGAUAAUGAAUAAGAAGCUGGAUCUUAGCAACGUUCAAUCCAAGUGUGGCUCAAAGGAUAAUAUCAAACACAGUCCAGGAGGAGGCAGUGUGCAAAUUGUUUACAAGCCUGUAGACCUGAGCCGUGUGACAUCCAAAUGUGGUUCCUUGGGCAACAUUCAUCAUAAACCAGGUGGUGGCCAGGUGGAGGUGAAAUCGGAGAAACUGGACUUCAAAGAGAAGGUGCAGUCGAAAAUUGGGUCAUUAGAUAACAUCACCCAUGUCCCUGGAGGAGGGAAUAAAAAGAUCGAGUCUCACAAGCUGACCUUCCGCGAGAAUGCCAAAGCCAAGACUGACCACGGAGCCGAAAUCGUCUACAAGUCCCCCACCAUCUCCGGAGAUGCCUCCCCCCGUCGCCUUAGCAAUGUCUCCUCCACCGGCAGCAUCAACAUGGUGGACUCCCCCCAGCUGGCCACACUAGCUGACGAAGUGUCUGCUUCCCUGGCCAAGCAGGGCUUGUGAUCGCCUGGCCGUGGGCGGAGAGAAGAGAAGAAAAGAAAAAUCAAUCUGGCCUUCUUCCUCUGUUCCUUUUACAACUACACCCCCCACCCUCUGCCCCCCAAAUGGGUAACGAUUUAACCUACUUUUACUGUCCAUUCAGCUCUGGCUCCAGGACUUCAAAAUCAGUAACAGCAUUAGAUACAAACCCUCCUCUUCCCCAGGUGAUCUUAACGCAGUAGAAAGGAACCUGAUCACCCCCACCCCCCCAAGGGAGUUUGGUUUCUGGAGAGGUUGGUGCUGCUUAAAUUUAACGUCAAGGUACAAGCCUGUUCCCCUAGCGCCAUCUCAGUCAGACUGAUCCCCAGCCCGCCAAAGAUACCGUGAGCCCGGCAUCUCCCCACCUCUAACAACAUCCCCGGUUGCUUUCCAGCACCCACCCCCUGCUUAAAACAUGUUGAAUUGUCCCAGCAAUUUCCCGGGAGCAGACCGCCCCCUGCUGGGGACCAUGGGGCACUGCACUCACCAUGGAAAUCUCAUGUAUGCAGUGUUGUAGCCGUGUCGUUCCCAGGAUAUGAGACACCAGGAUGGGUGAGGUAAUAGCGUUUAUUGGACCAGCUUUGGUUGGUGAGGGAGACAAGCGUUCGAGCCACACAGAGCUCUUCCCUCUGGUCUGGGAAAGUACUUGGUGUCACAGCUGAGUAACUGCGAGCACCUUUCCUGGACCCGAGGAAGAGCUCGAUGUAGCUGGAAAAUGUCUCUCUCCCACCGCCAGAAGCUGGUCCAGUAAAAGCUAUUACCUCGCCCGCUCGUGUCUCUGAUGAAAAUCUCAGACUAGUUAAUAUUAUGUAGAAACCCAGAGACAGUCUGGGAGGCCACCCCCCCUUCCCCAGGGACCUCUUGGGGAGGGAUGUGACAGCAACACCCCUUUUCUCCCCCGGAAUUUGGCCCCGAAGCUACUUGGAUUCCAGGUCACAGGCUGGGACCCAGGAUCCAACUCUCUCUCCUCUAAUUAAAAGGCACCAGCGUUAUUCCUUAUACCCAGCAAAACUGACUUUCAAGUCCUGGGAGCCCACGGCUUCCCUCCACUCGGAGCGAGUGGCACGUCCCGAAGGGGGGAGGACUAGUAGCCACGGCAAACUCGCUGUUCUCAGAGCUGGUUCCUUGCCUAGGCAAGGAGCUCGCCUGCUCUCUGGUUUGACUAACGUGGUUUUAAGGCUCCUUCUUUUAACUCGUAUUAAUGACAACAGCUGGCGACUGUUUUCUCCCAGGCUGUUCCUCUUACAAAAGGAUUUCAGCCUUCAACCCGGGCUUCUAGAGGCAAGGCCUGCUCCCACCACUGCUCUUCUCCUGGGCUGAGGCCUCUUAACCUACUUCAUUUGAUGGCCUUGGGCAUGUAUCCAGUUCGCUGCCUCUUCCUCCUAUCCCACUCCCACGCCUGCCAGCGUGUGGCCUGUGCACUGUGUGGUCUGGGGCGCAGUCCCUCUGCAAGGCAACUCCAUGCUGUAAACGCUGGGUGAGAGGGUUGGGGGACCUCUUGUAAGAAACAGCGGAGUGCCGGGGCCAUUCUGACCCAUCUGGAUACCUAAGGAAUAGUGCGAGGCCGGGGCGAUGGCUGGAAUUUGUUCCCCUCCCUCAGUACCUGUAGCCUUUCUGUUCCUGCCAUGGUAUGAGGCUAAGGCCUAUUGUCUGUGUCUGUCUGACCGGUUGAUGUGGGCUUGAAUUCUCUGAGGCUGGCCACACAGAUUUCUCAACCUCUGUGUCCGUUUCUGAGAAGCUGCCUUAGCCGUUGCAAAGUGAAAGUUCUCUUGCCCUGAUGUGAGCUGAAUGAAUAGAGGAUUUCCGUGUUCGGUGCUGCCUUCCAGUCGAAAAGGGAGACGCUUGAGUUAGACACGUCUGGCACAGCUAAGAGCUGCGGGAUUUGAAUUCUCCAUCUUGUUAGCGUAACAAUGCCUAGACUGAAGGCACGUUUCUUCGGUCAGAGCAGUGGAUAGAGGGUGGCAGAGCCACGGACAGAUGGAAAUAGCAUCACUAUUUCACCUAGCGAUUUUGGAAGAAAAUCUUUACGUCCAGGAGAUAAGAUGUGUAGAAAUUGGGCUUCCCUCUUCUCAGACCCAACUGCCUGCCCAUAAAUCCCUCCCACCCUCCCUUAUACUUCCAGGUGGCCCCUGCAUCCUUUAAGCUCCAAAAACUGGCUCCAUGCGGUGGUAAUGAUGACACUAGGGCCUAUCAAUUGAUUUAGCAAAGGGAUGCUCUUGAAGUGUGUCCCGGCUGGCCUGGUUUUGUCGGAGUGGUGCAUUUCAUGCUGGAGCUGUUGAGUAGAUGAGUCUAGGAUUUUUUCUUUGGCAUCCCCUCGUGUUGUAUAGUGGGAUUUGUCUGUAUAUGCUUGGAAAUCACCAGGGUGAUGAUUGUUCUAUAAGCGUGUGUUGUAAAAUUCAGUAGGUAGGUUUUGAACUGCCCCCUGUGCUCAGUACUGAGCUAGAAUUCAGCCAAAGCGACUCUCGCUGUUGUCUGUUUAAUCAGAAAAGGGUGAGAGCAAAUCUGGCUCCAGCCAGAGACAAAUGCAGUAGAACUGAACUGGGUCAGCACUGACCCGGUAGCAGCUCAGGAUGGGAAAUGUGUUUCCAGAAGCUGGAGGGUUCCGGCCCCGUGAGCUGUGUAUGUUUUCUGGGAAUUCGGCCUGCAAACAAGAAAGACGACUCUGGAAGUUCAUCAUGGAAGGUGGUUGCACUGCUUAGCUGGUGGAAUUGUCCUGCUAGAUAAUUGGAGGUGGUCACUGAGCCCAGCCCUUCGUCCUGUGCAGGACUGGACCGUACGUGUCCUCGGAGGCUUUUUCCAAUCUUCCUUAGAGUCUGCCCUGGCUUCCUAUAGGUUAUUCCAUAGCCACUGUCAGGAAAACCUGUCCCAAAGCCAAGUGCUGGCGUUAGCACCCGAGGGGGUGGGUAGCGGCGAUAGGAGUUCUGCCGGCCUGGUGAUGACUGUUCUCUGGAUCACAUUUCAACCCCUGCGUGCUAUAGAUCCCGGCAGCAUUUUAAUGGACGUUAAACUUUAAAAAGGAGGCAGAGCUGAUCCCCUCUUGUUCCACCCACUGAACGCCUCCCGGUGAUCUCCAGCAGGCCGCUCGGGAUAGAGGUCGGUGGAUUUUCGAAUCACAGAAGCCCUUGCAGUCCCUGGCACCCCUGUACUGCCCCUCCUUUGCCGAUGGAGAAAGGGAGGCAGGCUGGGAGGAGCGAUUUGCCCAAAGUGUCACUGAGUCAUUGGGAUUAGAAUUUGGGGAGUCCGGGGGUCACACCAGUAAAGGCUUUGAUUUCACAGGAGCUACAUUUCCUCUGUUACCCAGCGACCCGCUGGGGGGAGAACCAGAGGGCAGCUCUGUUCCUUGUUCUGCAACUCCAACUGCUAGUUCCCACCCUGUGCAAUGGCUGCCUUGAGGCUGGCCAUUCCACAGGGCCUGUGGUCACAAGGCUGACUCCCCAGUAGGGUGACCAGAGAGCAAAUGUGAAAAAUCAGGAUGGGGGUGGGGGGUAAUAGGCGCCUAUAUAAGAAAAAGACCCCAAAUUGGGACUGUCCCUAUAAAAGCGGGACAUCGGGUCACCCUGCUCCUCAGGGCUGUAAGGCAGAAGCAGCUUUAACACCUGGAAGUGGUGUGUUAGUCACCGCCUGUGGCUGCACCGUUUACAACCUGUGCAGAAGACGGGCCCAGCUUCUCGGGGGUCUGUGCGAGCUUAUCAGACCACUCAUGCCCCAGUGGUGUGAGUGCAGCCGCCAGGGCAUGAGACAUUCAUUGCUAGACAUGGGGGGGUCUGUGAUACCAUUCACCUGGCUUGGGGGCUGUGCAGCAGAGGGUCACAGUCACACCCUGGCAGGAUGGGGCUGCCUGAAUUCUAGCUUGGGAUUAAAUGGCGUACCAGGAACCAGAGCUGCCUCGUUGAUAGCGGGGGGGGGGCAUCUUCCCUUCAGCGAGGCUGAAUUAGGAAUUGUAAUUGGAAAAGAAAAUGCCAGGAAGUUGGGUGACUUCUUGGGCCUUUCAAGUGUCAAUUAUGGAAGAGUAGGUGAGCUGCUACCGGCCCUGCUGCCACCUUUGCACACUCUCCUCGUCUCCAGUGGCCACAGCGCCUGGCCGAGCAGCUCUGUCCUUCAAAGAAAACUGCCCUUCACAAUAAAAAGAGCUGAGCGCUGCUGGGCGGGGCCGGUGGAGCCCUGAAGUCCAGCGUUAGAUGCUGUGGGUUUGCACCAUUCUAACCCUUUGUUUUAGCCACUUGUUUACACAACCCUGAGUGCAGAUUAAGGUUAAAACAAGAAAAUAUCCGUCUCUUGCUGCUUUUGUUGCUAGGGCAACCUAUUCAGAACAAGCAUGAGGUCACUGGCCUUGGCUGCUGCUUGCCAGCCCUUCCCCUGCUCUGCAUGCAGUUCCUCCUAGCAACCUGCUGCACCAAAGAGGCUUUUAGAUCCCCUGGUCUGAGACAUGCUCCUGAGCUACCUUUCCUUCCCCAAUUGCCUGGCUCAAGGGCAGGGCUACAUGUGGUUUAGGUAAAGCUAAUUCUAAGGAUGAGAUGUCAUUAAAAAGUCAGUAUUAGGGAAAUAGGACAGGCUGAGGCUGCUGCUCCAGUGGAGCUUGGGGGGGGGGCACCAGCCCAGUUCCCCCACUGACAGAGCCUUAGUCUACCCAGCAAGGUGCCUGUGUAGGGCCACUGCUGGGCUCGGUGGCAGGACUUCAAACAGCUGGGCCCUGUGCCUGCUGUUUUACUGGGGAGACCUGCAUCAAACAGCCCUUUGCCAAGGUGAAUUAGCCCAGGGUGAACUGCAAGGUGCCAGCAACUGCCCCAUCUGUCUGGGCUACCUCUGCGCUAGGGUGCUCUGGUUUAGAGGCACAGGGAUAUUACCUCCUAGAUUGUAUUCUAGUAGUGGUGCUUGUUGCAACCUCACCUCCUGUAUGAGGAGCAGAGACUGCCCUGAGUUAGCAGCUAAAUAAAGAAACAUCUACCAAGCAUUGAAUUAAAACAGGGGCCAUACUGCCCCCUACCAGCCCGAGGUAACAGCAGGAUUUGGCACAGCGUGAACGGAGCAGCCUGCUGCUCUUGUACCAAAACAACUGAGUCAGCAGGAGUCUUGGUUCUGGUGUAUGGCCGAACCCCCAGAGCAGAUGAGGUAAUCUGAAGGCGGGUCAGUGGCAGGUACCACGGUGGGUAAACUGCAUUCCAGCUGGCUGCUGGGCAAAGGAGGUCACAACACUGGUUUCCUUAAAAUUACUUUCAAACUGAGCUGAAGUUCAGUUGUAGAUUUUUUUAAGCUGUGAAUCAGUUCAGCUGGUUUGGUGGGUGGCACAAAUUGAGCCCAUGAGCAAUGGUCUGAUUUCUCUAGGGUGCAGCACAGGCAGGUGUCUCUGUUCAUUCUGAUCAGUCCUUCAGGAACCAAGCGAAGGUUGCCUGUAGCACUGGCUUAGCCUUGAACUUUGAAAGGGAGAUGCUAGCUGGGGAGUGGAGGGCAAGCAAGUCAGCCUAGUGGCCAGCACUUAUUUCCACAGGGGUCUCCAUGUUCACUCAGUGGAGAUACACAGCAGGGAUUGCCUAAUGCCAGCUGGCUGCUUGCUGAGGAGGGCAAGGGUCACGUGACCGCCUGCAUUCACUGUCAAUAGUUCCACUUAACUAGACUCUGAUUGUAAGAACCUGUAACGUCUGUGAUUAUCAUUGUGGGAUGAUAGGACAGAAAUAUCCCAGGGUUCCUAUGUAAAUGAGCAACUGGGAGAACCAUUUUAACCCUUUUCAGCUUCUGCUGAAGACUGGGCCACUGCCGUGCUGUGAAUCUAAAACUCUCCUUAGCCAACUUUCACUGAGACCAGUGUGGCCACAGUCAUGUCUUGCUGCCCAGGCAGAGGUGCUUGGAGUUGAUGACUUUUGGCACAGGCAGCACCCAGUUACUUUAGAAUGUAAAAAGCUGGAGUUCAGGAGUGGGGGGUUUUAGUUUUAUUAACCCUUAGAACCCCUGGCCUGAACAGCAUUUGGGGGGAGCUUCCAGAAAUCUGCACUCAAUCCCCUUCCCCGAUGUUUCAACUUGCUACUGUCAGAGUCCUGCAGUCAUUGCUGUGUCUGGAGCUGCCCCCUGCUCUGCUGUCAGCUCUCUUUACCCUCCAGCAGGGCCCAGCCUUCCUUUGCAGUGCUCAGACACGUCUCUUCCAGCAAAGUAGCUAGUCCUAGUUCCCACUCUAACCCUUCAGUCUCCAACAGCCCAAGCCUGACCUCCCAGCCCAUAGAACAUGGUCAUUUUAUAGAUGUCACCUGCCAGGGCCUGAGAUUUACUGCGACAGGAUGGUACAUUGAUGUACUGACUGUUCCUUUGGUCUGAAAAGGGUUAAAACUGGCACUAGAGAACCAUAUUUCUGAACUCCAAAAAAUGCUCCUUACAGGAAUUUGAAGUGGCAAAAGGACAAUUCUGGUAUUUGCAAUCCUGCGAUUCCCUUUUUAAUUUUGGGGGAGGGGGUAGGAGGGCUUAAUCUCUGUAUGAUCAUCCUAGCUUAGCUUCCUGUUUGUGACUGUCCAUAGUGGUGUGUGUGUGUGUUUUAACAACUGGUUUACACUGAUUGUUGCUGUACAAGUGAAUUUGGAAAUAAAGUCAUUACUACAAUAAAA